ACUCAAAACCAAACCCCCAACCCUCGAAAGCUCUGGAACUCGCAUGAAGGGACAUGCAUAAGAAUAAUUAAACGCUAAUGGUCAUCUGUUUUUUGCACAAAAAGGAUCGAUGGAAGCAGAAUGAAUGUUUUUCAUGUAAACUAAACGCAAAGCAAGCUUCCCAAACCAUAUUCCACGGGGAUGGUGUGUCCUGCAGUGGGAAACGGCAAAAAACGCUCUGCCGAGUAUGACCUUGAGGGGGAUCAACCACUUGCGAAGAAAUUUGGACAUCUACAACUAGUAGAUUCUAAACGCCCCCCCCCACGAAAUGAUCACCCCUCCAAGGCAUCCCUCAUAGAAAGUAAUGAGAGGAUGCUGCUGGAUGAUACCAAGGACACGAUAUAUAUACACGACCUAGAACAGGAGAUAAGAGAUAUUGAGGCUCAAGAGCAGUACAUUACCUUCUGCCUGCCAAAUAUUAAAGAUGUUGCUUCAGUGCCGAAGUCGAUCCUUACCAACAGUUCCAAGAAAAACAACGAGCUUGUUUUAUACCGAGAACCGGCCUCUUUAACCGUCCCUCAGGAACACGACAACGUGCGACGAGCGAUCAUCGAGUCCAGGGCACGAGCCAGAGCAAAGCAAAGCGAGCGCAGUGAAUCAAACCAAGCAGCCGCAAGCGGGGACGCGACCGCGCAGCCCGAUUCUGUCAAAUCCAACGUGAUGUCUAAUGAUUCAGACCAGGAUGAAAUGGAUAUUGAUAUUUAGAGCUCAUGAUUACAGAAUACCUGGGGGUAUCUACGGCUCCCAGGUAGGCAACGCCUUCUUGCUGGUUUCUCAAGCUUGCCUCGGUCAUUGACUUUUGGAUACACUUACUGUAACUAUAGACCCAGAUACAUUAGGUCCUCUUUUCGCGAGCUGUUGAUAUGUACUUAGCUUGAAACAAGACUUUGAUAAAUUAUUCAAAAGCUUCGAUUAAUCGAA